CUCUAACGCAGUUAAGGAUGCAGGACAAGUGCAGCGCUUCCAGUUCUCCUCUGAGCUCUGACUGUGGAAUAAGUCAUCUCUGCUGAGCCAAAUGACAGGAGCUUAUGUUCUGUCGCACCCUUGCUCUUCGUCCUCCCUCUCCCUGUGCCAGGAAGGUAGUGUCAUUAAGAAUGUGACACUGUGAUCUUCUCUACUUCUGCUGAUGUGACCUGCUGCAUUUUUUUAAUCUGUGCUCCUCUCUUCCGCUCUGAGCUGCUGUUUGGCCACAAGAUGUUAGCUCUUAGCGUCAGCUGUCAGCCACCGACACUCUAAAACCUUUCUAAGAAGGAGUCGUUUAAGGGUGACCUUGUCCUCUACCCUCUUCUCUGGGUCCAUCACCUCCCCCCUGCAGACUGAGAUGGACAGCGGGCUGGGGGAGUUUGCCAGGGGUGUGAGGUUUAGCAACAGGGUUUGUGAUGCCAGAGAGUAAACGAAGAGGACAGGAAGUAGGAGGAGGUGCAGGCGGCUGCUCACAGGACAAGUGGAAGUUAAAGAAAGGAGGCAGCCGCUCAGCCAUCCCGGCACUCUUCACCAUCACUGAGGAAGAUGAGGGGCGGAAGCGGAAAAAUGCUUCCAGAAAGAAGAAAAGAGCUUCUUUCUACUAUAAAUCAGAGGACGGCAGGUUGUCAACGGCCACUCACCUGAGCUCCUCCAGCUCUGGACGCACCUACACUCCCAGUCCCACUCCAAACUCCGGCCAGACAAUACUCUACGACAGCCCCACCAACAAUGCCUCCACUAAAACAGACUCGUUACUCUUUAACAAGAUUGAUGAGAGACAGAGGUUGGCCCGUGAACGCCGGGAGGAGCGUGAGAAACAGAAUGCUAUCAAGGAGGCCCAGUGGCAGGCACGUGAGGAGCGAGCCAGGCAGCACUACGAGAAGCUCCUGGAGGAGAGGAAGAGGAAGCUGGAGGAGCAGAGGAUUAAGGAGGAGAAGAGGAGGGCCGCUGUGGAGGAGAAAAGGCGGCAGAAACAGGAAGAUGACAGGAUCCGCCAUGAGGCAGUGAUACGCAGAACAUUGGAGCGCAGUCAGAGAAGCAGACAGAAACCCAACCGGUGGUCGUGGGGAGGAACGCUGCAGCCAAACACUACCAUCACACCAGCCGAUGGCGACAGACGCUCGGUGUCCACAAUGAAUCUAUCCAAACAUGCAGACCCUGUCAUUACUAAGCGCCUCUCCUCCUCCUCUGCUACACUCCUGCACUCACCAGACAGAGGCCUACAGAUGAGAACAGCCUCCACCCCUGUCAUUAACAAAGCUCAGUCCAAACCUCGCCUGCACCCAGGAAAGACCACCCCACGCAGAGACUCAGGCCUGCGCCGUCUUCCACUGACGCCGUGGGAAAGCAAUGUCGUGAAUCGCCUGCAGCAGCCGACACACUCCUACCUGGCCCGCAGUCGCAGCGCAAUGAGUCUGUCUGGAGAGCAAGCAGUGUCUUGCCAUCCCAUGGGCUCCAUGUCCUUCAAGGCCCUGCAGGCUCAGCCGCUGCCUCACUGCCGCAGCCAGGACAGGAGCCUGAGCAGGGAGACGGCCUCGUCGUCCAACACCACACCACGCAGGAGGACAACUGGAACUGUGCAGCCACAGAAAAAGGACAAUGUCCGAAAGUCUUGGAGCAACUUGUCCCUCCCAUUGACCCCUAUCAUGGUUGUUCCGCCCACUAAACGCUCUUCUUCUCCAGUCAAAAAGAAAGUUACAGCUCCCUCUCCUGGCAGGCCUCCACAGAGGACACCAGUGCGUCCUCCCACCCCCAAACUUCUCAAAUCCCCAGGAGGGGACGACUCCGGGACCCUCCAUCCUGUCACAUUCACAGUGGGCAAACCCUGUUCUCCCUCACCCACUAGAGACCAGGAGGAGACUGAGGAGCAGGACGAGGUCCUCUGUCCUUCUCAGCCACGACCUCAACCGUUGGGUCAAAACAGGGCUUCGAAUGAGCAAAAAACCCCAUCCUCAACAGUGUCCAAUGAGAGCUUUAGCAGUCCUCCUGCCCACAGGCCCUCAGCAGGUACCACAGACCCGGAGGAGGCGAGUCGUAUUCUCUCUGAGAACCGAAGACUGGCCCGCGAGCAGAGGGGAAGAGAGGAGAAAGAGCGCCAACUGCUGGAAGAGCAGCAGAGGUAGGCCAAAGAGGAGAUGGCUCGACGAAAGGCUGAGGAGCGAGCAAAGAGAGAGGAGGCGGCUCAGCGACUGGCUGAGGAGAGGAGACAGAGAGAGGAGGAGGAGAGGAAGGUGGAGGAAGAGAGACUUCAGAGGGAUAGAGAGGAGGCAGAGAAGCUGCAGAAAGAGAAAGAGGAAGAAAAGUCACGACAGAGGGAGGAGGCAGAGCGACUGCGACAGGAGAGAGAGAAAAUCCUCCAGCAGGAUGAGGCUGAGCGACUGGCACGGAAGAAGCUUGUGGAGGACAUCAUGAAGAGAACAAGACGUUCAAACACAGCAGAGAAGAAAGACAGUCCCAGCAGCAAUGGAGACAGUUCAGCGUCGCCUGCUCCAUCUGCAGUGACGGUGUCGUCCACUCACAGCAGCAACGGCAACAUUCAGCAGCCUGAGUCCAGCCCCGCAGUGCUGGUCCACCCUGAGCAGACGUACGGGGAGAAUGGAGAGUUUGAGGAGGUGAUUGUUCUGCCUUCACAUUCCAGGUUGUCUCCCCCUGAAGGAGAGGAGGAGCAGCACAGGCAGCAAGAGAAUGAGGAGAGAGCUCCUGUCAUAGCCUUUAAAGAGAAUGGUCUCCUAAAGCCACUGAGUGGAUUAGAGGACAUCUCAGCUCUGCAAGGUCCAGAUGUUGCAUGAUUUUUUGACUAGACCCCGAUGAUUCCACAACCUGAGAAACAAGACGAGGAGAAACACAGAGCUGUUGGACUGAUACAGAGGAAGAACCUGCAGCACCAGAGGUUGACUUUCUCUCCUCACCUUCAGCAGUAAACACCACAGUCAUGUCCCAAUGAGGGAACCUCAGAGAUGAAAUCCAAUAUCCUCUCCGGAGAAGAAGUUACUCUCUGGAAAACUUUUUGUUUGUUUCCAGCCUCAGCUUCACCUGGUUCUGACCUGAAUUUACUGAAUCACUAGGUGACAAAAACAAUAAAUCUCUUUGCAUGUGUGAAUGAUAGUCUAAUAUGAACAUACGUUUAGUAAGACGGGAUACUUAAUUGUUGUUGGUGAAACAUCACUCAAAGCUCUAAAGGUGUUACAGCAUGACUACAGUCAGAGACAGUCGUGUGUCGUCAACAGUGUUGACAUCAGAGGUUGAAUCAUUCUUUGUUCCAGUUGGCAGCGUAUCAUGAUGAUGAAAAUGAAAAUACUGCGUUCUCAAUCAACUCAGAAUCAGUGUGUGUACUACUGAUUACACUGAAGUCUUAAUUGCUGUAAAGAUGAAAACAUAUUUUGUUUGUUCCUCUUUUCUUCACCGUCUAUUCAGAUUGAAAACUGUGUCUUUGUCUCACGUGUCUCAGCUGAGUCUCUCCAUCCUUUCACUGAGCCAGUGUUGAACCUUAGUGGAGUUUAAACACCUCAUGUGUUAACUUGUCCUUUUUCUCCUGGGCACAGAAAUCAUUGUCAAUUAAUUUUCUGGUGAGAUUUUUUCUGACAUAAUCUAAUCCUUUUUUGAAAUGAAGAAAUGCUGCUAAUUCUUUUGUUCCUCUGCCUUAGCGUGUUGUGAGAAGAAUGUGUCUUGUCCUGACUUGGGUGCCGCUGAACUAUAAAUAUGCAUUCCCACUGAGCUUUGAUCACAACCGUCACACUGGCUUCCAUUUAAUUUAUUCUGCAGGGUGAGAAGAUCACAAUAGAAGGGCCGCAGUUUCUGAAAACCCUUGUCUUUUCAGCAUUAGUUUGAGUAAAACUCUGAAUUUCAAAACUCUGUUGUUUCUUUUGACGUUUAGUUUUCUAACCUUUGCACUUUUUCUGAUGUAUAGAAAUAUUUUGCCAGUAGCAUCGAAUGGAAGGAAACUUUGUAUCAUUUACAUUCUGGCUGUUAAAUACUGGUUCAUCUGCCGGUGGUUUAGCAUGCCUUU